GAGAAAAAGAAAAAAGAAAGAAAAACGAAGCUGCUUUCAAGUAUUGAAGAAUCAAGGCCAGGAUGAACACGAAGGACACAAAAGUGACUGAAGGAGGUCUCAAUGUCACUCUUACCAUACGCCUUCUCAUGCAUGGCAAGGAGGUUGGAAGCAUUAUCGGAAAGAAAGGUGAGACAGUUAAGAAGAUGAGGGAGGAGAGUGGUGCGCGAAUCAAUAUUUCAGAAGGCUCCUGUCCAGAGAGAAUUGUGACAAUAACAGGCCCAACAGAUGCAAUUUUUAAAGCUUUUUCUAUGAUUGCACUAAAAUUUGAAGAGGACAUAAAUGCUUCAAUGACAAACAGCACGGUGACAAGCAAACCACCCGUAACACUGCGGCUCGUCGUCCCGGCAAGUCAGUGUGGAUCCCUUAUAGGAAAAGGAGGUUCCAAAAUCAAAGAAAUCAGGGAGUCCACAGGAGCCCAGGUGCAGGUAGCGGGGGACAUGCUGCCAAACUCGACGGAACGCGCAGUGACUAUAUCGGGCACUCCCGACGCCAUUAUCCAGUGCGUGAAACAAAUAUGCGUGGUUAUGCUGGAGUCCCCACCCAAAGGUGCCACCAUCCCCUACCGUCCCAAACCUGCCUCUGCACCUAUCAUUUUUGCAGGUGGCCAGGUAAGAGCAGACACCAUUUUGGCUUCAGCUGGAAACCACACCGUCUUGGCCCAACCUCAGCCAGCGCCUGCGUUCACGAUUCAGGGGCAGUAUGCCAUCCCUCAUCCAGACUUGACCAAGCUUCACCAGUUGGCUAUGCAGCAUCCCCCCUUUACUCCCCUUGGGCAGACCACCCCUGGUUUCCCUGGACUGGAUGCCACUACUCCAACCAGUUCCCAUGAACUUACUAUUCCCAAUGAUUUAAUAGGCUGCAUUAUUGGCAGACAAGGCAGUAAGAUAAAUGAAAUCAGGCAGAUGUCAGGAGCGCAGAUCAAGAUUGCUAAUGCCACAGAAGGCUCCGCAGAACGACAAGUUACAAUCACGGGAUCCCCUGCAAACAUCAGCUUAGCACAGUACCUCAUUAAUGCAAGGGAUUCCCCACACAACGAGACGAGAAUAGACCCCUUCAUUUUUAGUUGCACAAACACCAUAUGGCAUGCAUCUGGAUCUCAGAAGAUAACAAAUUAAGAUCUUCAAGACAGCUAAAGCAUGCAAAUAAAAUAAUGUACUUAUUAACGGAGUUGCAGUGAGCUGCUCACCAGAGGCAGAAACUCUAGUGAACAAACCUCUGUGACUCACUUUAGAAAAGCCUGUGAACUCUCACACUUCUGUUUAUUACUGUUUAAUGAUUCUUUCGAUGGAAUGGGAUAUAUAUGAGGUCUUUUAACAUACUUUUGCAAAGAAGAAAACUUCUCAGCAGUCAUAUACCAUGGAUACUCUAUCUAUACCCUGUGAAACCAGAAACAAGAUGCUUUCUUCCUGUUAAAUUUCUAGAUAGAAGUCAUUUGUUACCAUCAUCUACAAUAAACCAUCAUAUAUUAUUAUGUA